UGUAGCAAUCGUUGUGGAUUAUAGUUCCGGUUCCGGGUGUUUCCUGGCUAUUGCUUCUCAUUCCUGCUGAUCAGGUUCAUAACCUGGGUAAUGACAGUGUCUUUAAGGCGUUUAGUCUAGCCACCAUUCUUUGGUAAAUUGCAUUGUUUCAUUUAAAGAAAACAGAUACCGGCUGAGAAAUGACGACGCGUUCAGAAAGGGAAAAGGCUCAGAAACUGAAUGAGCAGCACCAGGCCAUCCUGUCUAAAAUGCUGAGAGAAGAAGAUAACAAAUAUUGCGCUGACUGCGAGGCAAAAGGUCCAAGAUGGGCAUCCUGGAAUCUUGGUGUUUUUAUUUGUAUUCGAUGUGCUGGAAUCCAUCGAAAUCUUGGCGUUCACAUAUCCCGGGUCAAGUCAGUGAAUCUGGACCAGUGGACACAAGAACAAAUACAGAGCGUUCAGGACAUGGGAAACACCAAGGCAAGAAAGCUGUACGAAGCCAAUCUUCCAGAUAACUUCAGAAGACCACAAACAGACCAAGCAGUGGAAUUUUUCAUCAGGGAUAAAUAUGAAAAGAAGAAGUACUAUGAUAAAAAUGGCUUAAAUGGGACCACCACAUCUUCUGAUUCUGUUCUGCCCUCAGCAUCCUCUCCUUCCUUGCAAGCGGCAUCUGAGAAAAACAAGUUGGAGAAAGAAAAGGAGAAAAAGGAGGAAAAGAAGAAAGAAAAGGAAUCCGAGAGAGUAAAAAAGCCGGCUUCUUUUGAUGCAGUAAAAACCCUACAGAAGAAGGAAGAGAAGCAGAUAGAUAGCAGAGUGAGUCCUCUGAAAACUGCAGAACCUGCUAUUGAUCUUUUAGGACUAGAUGCUCCAGCUGUUGCUAAUGGAAGAAGCACCACGACUAAUGCACCUUUGAGUGAUGAUCUGGAUAUCUUCGGUCCUAUGGUUUCAAACCCACUUCCAUCUUCUACCACACCAUUUACUCAGACCACUUCCAGUAAGCCAGCAGCUACCACCUCUGCUGCAGUGUCAGGGGAUCUGGAUCUGUUUACUAAGGCAACCGCCAAAUCCGAGGAGUCAGCAAAGAAGCCCCUCUCAAAGGACUCUAUAUUAUCACUUUACAGCACCGGGAAUAUGCAGCAGCAGACAGCUCCUGCUGGCAUGUUCAUGGGACCAGCUCAGAUUCCAUUUCCUUCCCAACCUCCUGCAACUUUUCAAGGUUUCUCCAAUAUGGGAGCCCCUAUGCCUGCUUCCACUAGUAUGAUGGGACCUGUGAUGGGACAGAAUGCAGGGAUGAUGGUUGGCAUGGCGAUGCCUAACGGAUAUAUGGGCAACGCACAAACUGGAGUUAUGGGACUGCCUCAGAAUGUCGUGGGACCACAAGGCGGAAUGCCUGGAAAUGUGGUCAAUCCUCAAAACGUGUAUGGCAUGCAGGCAAAUCAGCAGGGCCAGUGGAACCCGAGUCAGAUGAAUCAGCAGAUGGCUGGAAUGAAUCUGGUUGGUCCCAGUCCCAUGAUGGGCUUUGGGCAGCCCGCAAACACGAUGGGAAACUGGACAGGAAGCACCUCAGGCCAGACUCUCAGUACUCAGCUGUGGAAAUGAAAUGGCAGACUCUGCUGUACCUGGAAUUCCUUGCUCUGCUGAAUACAGACUAUUUUACUUUAUCCAUGUACUAUUUUCUUGUUUCAAAUCGUUAAUAUUAUGGAGUAAAUCCACUCAGUCUGGUCAGUGUGUAUUGAUUGAGUGACUAGCUGGUUAAGUACACAGACUGGCAGCUUGUCCAUCUUCUCACAUCACAAACCCAUUUUCUUAAAGCAUAUCAGCGAGAGUCUGCCGGACCAAUUAUACAGUGUCUAAUAUAUCAUUACCAAAUCUAUAGUGAGUAAUAGUAUUUAAGUGGCAAAGCGAUAUGGCUAUCAUGUUUUGUGAACCCCUCCCUACAAAUAAUCCUAUAUAACCUCCAGUGACCCCAAAAUCCCA